AUGAUAGCUGAUAUUAGAAUCGAUAAAGCACAAAUACAACUUCUUGUAGAAAAUAUUCCUGAAGAUGUUGACAAGGAAAUUGUUCAGAUGUUCUUUGAAUCAAAGAGAUUUAAGUCCUGUGAUGUGGUUGAUGUUGAUUUCGAUGAGAAAGAUAGAAAUGCUGUCGUCCGAUUUGUAAAACCAGAGGGUAAGAAGAUGGUAUUGGAAACCCGUCCACUUUUUCUGAAAAACAAGGAAUUGUCGGCUCAAAUCUACGUAACCAAGCCCCUAGACACGAUCAUGAUUAAAGGCCCGGCCGACGUUGUUAAUGAGAACUCUUUAGACAUAUUAGAGCUUUAUUUUGACAACGAGAACAAAUCUGGAGGCAGUGGUAUCGUAGAAAGCAAACAUACAUUUGACUCUGAAAACAACAUUGCGUUUGUGACGUAUAAAGAGCAAAUAGGCUGUAGCAGACCUGAACAUCACGUCGUGGAUGGAGUUGACCUUACGGUCUCUCUAAACUCUCCGUCCAUUCAAACGCCUUGCUACACGAACAAGAUCCUAAUAAAAGGGCUGAACAAACAUAUAACAGAGAGCGUACUUGGACUUUUUUUAGAAGCCAGAGCUAACUAUGCACUUGUAAAUGGAAGUCUAAUCUACCACGCUGUCCGUGAUGAUGUAGCUUUAGUAACAAUAGAGAACGAUAUAGAUUUUGAAACAUUGGAAAAGGUUUGUAGAGAUAAACCGCUGGAAGGCUCAUACCUUGAUGUCUCCUCCGUUCCAAUUUCAAACUGCAUCCUCGUGUCCAACAUUUCUGACAAUGUCACUAAAGAGAUGGUUGAGCUGUACUUUGAAAAUACACAUAGAAGCAAUGGUGGACCAGUAAGCAAAGUCGUGAUGUUCAAAACCCAAGGCUUUUGUUUGGUGUACUUCAAUGAUUACAAAACUGUGGGAUACGUUUUGAACAAAAGGCAAACAUUGUGUGGAAAUGUAAUAGAAGUGAAAAGAUACAUUCCAUGUGUAGCGAGAGCAGAAGAAGAUUCUGUUCAUUGCAUACAUAAAUUUAGUGACCCUAUUGUGAUCAAUGUGAGUCCAUUAAAAAUCCGAUUCAUCAAAAGUUCGCAGUUUGCUAGAACGGCGCUUGAUGCGCAGAUGAGCAUGUGCUUUGCAGCAUUUGCCUUGUCAAAAUAA